AAAAAUAAGACUGAUUUUUUUUUUUGUUUUUGCAAAAACCAUUUUUGUGAGGAUGGAAAUAAAGCAGUACAAUCGAAACCAAAACGUGACUCCAUUUUUUGUUUGUAUUUAUGAACUAAAACACAGCUUCGCUAAUAGAUAGGUACUCACCCUCCAACACUUCACGAGUACACUCUUCAGUAGUGGAACGAGAAGAACUGAAUAACAUUCAUUACCUUACCACUCAUCUUAUCUCUAUUCGAAUGGCUCCGAAAUUGGUGAAAUCGGGAUCGUUUCGUCACGGUUUGGCGGAGAAGAAGGAGAGGCUUCUAUCGGAGAAGAGUUUUGGUAAUAUUUCACAGAUGGGGAUUGGCGUGGCGAUGAUGGAAGAGGAAGAACAAUCGUGGAUGGUGAAGCGGUGGAACACGGCUAAGAAGGUGGCUGAGAAGGCAUGGGAGAUGGGUCGCUCUGAUCCCAGGAAGGUUGUUUUCUCUGCAAAAAUGGGUCUUGCUCUGACCCUUAUGUCGUUUUUGAUUUACCUCAAAGAACCCUUCAAGGAUAUGAUUAGCUACUCCGUCUGGGCUAUUCUAACUGUCGUCGUAGUCUUUGAAUUCAGCAUAGGGGCAACUCUGAGCAAAGGGUUUAACAGAGGAUUGGGAACUUUGUCGGCUGCAGGACUUUCUCUGGGGAUAGCAGAGUUAUCAAAAUUGGCUGGAGACUGGCAGCGGCUUAUGAUUGUUGUAAACAUCUUCACCGUGGGACUCUGUGCCACCUAUGCAAAAAUAUACCCUACUUUGAAGACUUAUGAAUAUGGGUUCCGCGUGUUCUUGAUCACGUAUUGCUUCAUUACUGUUUCUGGAUAUCGAACAGGGGAGUUUCUAGAUACAGCUAUAAACAGAUUUUUACUUAUUGCACUUGGGGCUGCUGUAUCUUUGGGAGUAAAUAUCUGCAUAUACCCUAUCUGGGCUGGUGAGGAUCUGCAUAAUCUUGUCACGAAAAACUUCAUCGGUGUUGCAACAUCUUUGGAAGGCGUUGUCAAUCACUACCUUCAGUGUGUUGAAUAUAAAAAGGUACCAUCUAAAAUUCUUACAUACCAAGCUGCUGAUGACCCAGUUUACAAUGGCUACAGAUCGGCUGUUGAAUCUACAAGUAAAGAAGAUUCAUUGAUGGGAUUUGCUGUUUGGGAACCACCACAUGGUCGUUACAACAAGUUCAGAUAUCCAUGGAAGAAUUAUGUAAAAUUAAGUGGAGCUCUUAGGCACUGCGCAUUUAUGGUCAUGGCUAUGCAUGGAUGCAUACUUUCUGAAAUUCAGGCCCCAGCUGAGAAGAGACUAGUUUUCCGCAGUGAGGUUCAAAGGGUGGGUAUUGAAGGGGCAAGAGUGUUGCGUGAACUUGGAAGCAAGGUUAAAAAGAUGGAGAAACUAGGUCCUGGAGACUUGCUGUUCGAAGUUCAUGUAGCAGCAGAGGAAUUGCAACGGAAAAUUGAUAAAAAAUCAUAUCUUCUUGUGAAUUCAGAGAGCUGGGAAAUUGGAAACCGCGCAAGAGACGACGAGGAGACUCAUCCUCAACAGGGCCUCUUUCACACCGAUGAAGAAAGAAAAUUUCUGGAAUGCAAAUCUCUCAGUGAAGCAGUGCUUGAUCUGAGAACGCUUCAAGUUCCACCUUCUUGGGAAGGAAACCCUGCAAUUGAUGCCUCUCCAAACAUGUUUAGGAAAGAGUUAUCUUGGCCCGAUCAGAUUUACCAGAAAUCAAAACCAGUGCCCAAAGAGGGUCAAGAAUCAAAAACCUACCAAAGUGCUACAUCACUGUCUCUAACCACGUUUACAUCGCUUCUCAUUGAAUUUGUGGCAAGGCUUCAAAACCUGGUAGAUUCAUUCGAGGAAUUGGGUGAAACAGCAAACUUUUCUGACCCACUCGACCAACCACCACCGCUGGUAGCAUCACCUGGUUUUUGGAGCAGGUUGCGUAACUGCUUAACAUUCCACAACUGAAACAUGCACUGCCUCGUGUCAAGCGUCAUCUUCUACAGAAUCUGCUUUUUCGAGGACAUUGUUGAUUUUGUUCUAUGUAAAUGAGGGAAUGAAUGAGAUUCGAAUGGGGGAAUGAAGUUUGAAUUAUGGUAAAAAUCAUCAAUUUUA